AUGAGUAACAAUCAUCCUCAUCAUUCUCCACAGGUGAACACCUCAAAUGUCCAUACAGCAAGCAAUAGUAACCAGCACCAGCACCAUUCGGGCUCAUCUGCCCGUACGCCAAUCACAAACGAGCAAAGUUCAACAACAUCUUCAAAGACAUCUUCCGCCACGACCCCCAAUCUCAUCAAUCCGAUCCAUACUUCCGUUCAGCAACAACAUCACCAUCACCAACAGAAUACACCCAGCCCUGUAAAUUCCAACAUCACAUUUUCCUUUUCUGGAAGUAAGGAGACACCACACAGUCCACAUCCUCAUCAUUCUCAUUUUCAUAAUUUUGCCAAUGUCACAGAAUUGGAUGAGGACGAAGUUGAAAUUCAUACAGCAACUCGCGACGACCAUGAUGAUGAAAAGGUAUUUGGGAAUAAUUCAUCUCCUAAUCAAAUGAAAAUUGAUUCAGACAAUCAUCAACAUCAUCAUCGAAUGACCAGUGAAGUGGAUGAUUAUCAGCAUCCAACUCAUCACCACCAUACUCAUCAUGGAUUUCAAAAUGCAACAACAAACACUCAUGAAGAAGAUGACCACCAUGUGGUGCACUUUCAUUCGGGAAGUGACGACCAUGAAAUUAUCGGAGUUGUCAAUGUAGAUGCCAACGGUUCCUUUUUUCCAAAAGAAGAAGGAUAUCGUCCUCAGCAAGGUCUCUAUAUGCAUGCAGGAAUGACUUCAUCAUCAUCCAUUGACUCUAUUGCAAGUUUUGCCAGUACCACUGAUUUGGAUGCAUUGGCUGUAUUGACCAAUGAAGAAUUGAAGGGUUAUGUUGCUGACCAACUGGUUCCAAUUGGAGAAAGUGAUGCAAUUGUAGAAAGUAUCAGACAUCAUCAUGGCAGGUCCUCAAAUGAAAAAAAGGAAGAUGAAAAAAUCGGAUUAUUAGCCAAAUCAACCAAAAGCGUUUGGGAAUCCGUCAAAGGAUUUACAGAUAAAAUUAUGCAAAAAGAUGCUCCAGUUUUGUUACCAUCUCAAAAGAGAAAGUUAAGAGGAUGGUUUAUGAAAAAGUACAAAAGAGCUCGCAGAAAAGAAAUGGCCAAUAUGCAAGGGGAAGAGGAAGAAGAAGAAGAGGAGCCAGUUCGAGAAAGUUGGACUGACAAAAUUAAACAAUGUUUCCAACAAACUAGAUCUGAGAGUAGAGUUUUGUACACAGAAUUAAGCGAAGAAGACAAGCUUAAAGUUCAAUCAUUAAUUUUGGAUUUAGGAUUUGCAUUGACUUUAUACGGUAUUAGUGCAAACAGAACAGAAUAUCACCUUACUCUUGUUUGUGCAUAUUUUGGAAUUGAUGCUUAUUUUAAUAUUACUCCUGUUGGAAUUUGGUUUUCAUUUGGACAAAAAGUCAGAGAAGCCGAUAACAGAACCUAUUAUGUGAAGGUGGAAACUCAAAUGUUGAAUUUGGACAAAUUGACCAAGUUAGAUACUGUUGCAAGAAAUAUUGCUCGUGGACGAUUGGGGGUAGAUGAAGCUAGAAAAGAAAUUAGAAAUAUUGUAUCAGCCCCAAAUGUCUAUGACCAUCCUGUGGUCAACAUUUUCAUGCAUUUUAUUUGUCCUGGAUUAUUUGGUCUUUUAUGGAGUGGAAACGUUGCGGAAUUACUCACUUGUCUUACUGCUGGAUUGGCCAUUGCUUUGAUACAUUUAUAUUGUCAACGAUUUGCAUUUUUCAGAAAUGUCAACCAAAUUGUGGCCACAAUUACUGCUGGCUUAAUUGGUAUUGCCAUGAAGGCAAUUUUCAUUGACAAAUUUGAAGUUUCUGUUUCACUUAUUUCUCUUGCUGCGACGUGGCAAUUUUUGCCGGGUCAACCGAUGGCUGUAGCCUGUUACGAAAUUGCUACUGGUGCCUUAUUGAGUGGAAUUUGUCGUUUUGUCUUCUCUUUUGUGGUUAUUUUAAAGCUUGGAUUUGGAUUCUUAAUUACCUAUGUGAUUGCAAUUAACAUACCUCAUUUGCGAGACAGUGAAAUCAAUCCACCUUCGAGAGAUCCAAUUCCACUUUGGUUUCGCUUCAUUAUCAUGAUUGGCCUUGCCUUAAAUAUUGUCUUUACAAGAAGAGUUCCCAAACAUGCCUUUUCAAUUAUUUACAUUACUCUAUCGACCGUAUGUGCUCACAUGGUCGCAUUUGUUUUGGCAGAUGUGUUGGAAAAUCUCGAAGCUGGCACCAUUAUUGGAGGAAUUUUGAUUGGUAUUUUAGGAAAUAUUUACACACUCAUCUCAAAGAAACCUUCCAUGAUGGUUGUUGGUAUUGGUGCAUUGUUGUUAGGUCCAGGUUCAAUGUCUUUUAGAGGAAUUGCAGCAUUUGUGUUCAAGGAAACCACCGAAGGACUAAAUUUGUUGUUUGAAAUCUUUUGGGUGGGCAUUGCAUUGUUCUUUGGAUUUACGGUUGCAAAUAUUGUGGUACCCAUUAAGCAAAAUAUCAACUUUUCAAGCUUUGUGGCUACCGAUGCAUCAUCAAGAAAAGUCAAAUCAGGAUUUGCCUUUGAUAUCACACCUGAGAACUUGUGCUUUCUGAGUGGACUCGAUCGAAUUGAAUGGAGUCAAUUUGAAAAAUCGUAUCUUGAUUUAAGAGGUAAACAUGAUUUAUUGAUCUUUACAUUUUACUCGGGAGGAAUACAAUAUUGGAACUCGUCAAACGAUGAUUAUCCCUCCAUCAUGUCUUCAAGCAGAUCUUUUCAUCAGAUUUUGCGGACUGAAAUCGAAGCACGACGAAUCAGUGUGUUGUUUUUGAGAGGAACCAGUGCCAGUGUUCCUUCUCGACUUGGAUUUGUGAACCCUCAUGUCAAUCAUGGUUAUGUCGACUAUGUACAGGGCAAGUUGGAGGUGAAUCUUAACGCAAUCAAAGAGUUGAGUGUAAAAAGCUCCAAUCUAUCAUUAUUCUUACAAGAAAAUGCAAAGUAUUUCAAUGAAGAGUCAAACACUGUUUGUUGUAACCCACCAGAUACAUACAUGUGUGGAAUUGAUGAAAAGUCUUUGGUUGAUGUUCAGAAAUGGAAUGUAUUGAUGAGUUCUGUGGAUCAUCCAAAACAUUUUUCUUUGCUGAUUCACAAAGAAUACAAAGUGAUGUUUACGCCAUGGUAUGGCUUUUCACAUGGAAAACAGUUAGCUCACGAUAUUGUUUUAUAUUUUUGUAGAUAUUUACUCAAUGAUGCAUUUCGAUCUGAAUCCUCAAUGAAAACUCGAUUAUGGAAUCAACUUUCAGAAUUUCCUCAACUUGGAGAUAUUUCUUUCCGAUAUUAUUCAAACAAUCACAGGUUGUUUUGCAAUCUUUUACUUGGGAGUGGAAUUUGA